AUGUCGGUGAACCGGACCUCUCGCGCCACGGACGAUGAUAUAAGAAUUACCAAGCUUCCCAGUGAACGGGCAUAUACAUCGGAACAGCAUCCGACUGAUCGGCAACUUAAACGUCUCAAGGAAGACGUUCUUCCUCUUUACCCCUUUCUCUUAACUGUGCCUACCGAUGUGCCUUUCCGCCUUGGGAGUCGCUUCGUCAAUAAUUGGGCUGUGGGUAAUGACGGUCCAUUUGCACCAGAAGAGCACCAACUUCAGUAUAUGACCUUCUUAACACAUCACGAAGGGGACUCGUUACUGGUGGCCGUUGGUGAUUGGUCAGACGGGACUGGAAACGUCAUGUCCGAUCAGCAAUCUGGACUCCAGGGUGCGGCGGACACCCCAUGGAGCGGGCCAGUCAAGAAAAAGAUCAGUUUGAACGACUAUAAGAACAAAAGAAAGACAGGCGCUUCACCUUCUCCCGUUGGCCAGGAAGCUUCUAGCCACCAUCUCACAAUGGACUAUGUAAUUGAUGACAGUCAAGGAGCUCCCAAAGUCAGCCCUGCUGGGAAGCAGAAUUCCUCUGAUAAAAUUGCGGCUUCGCGCGUUUCUAUUCGGGCUGGUUAUGAAGCUCUGGAACGCAAGCGGCCCGCUGAAUCUGAGUUGGAGAACUCCAGGCUCCAGGAAAGGAAGGGUGCCGAAGUGGGAUUCUUAAAGAAACCGAAACUCUCUACCGAAGCAGAAGCAGAGCUCAAUAAGUCUGGGCGCUCAAAAGCUAAUGGCCUUCCAACUCUCUUGUCACCUACCCUUCCGCCAACUUCAAGCAGCCCUAAACUGCCCAGACUCUUAUCACCCACCCUCCCACCAAACAUAGAGAAAGAGCUCGCUACACUUGGCGAGGAGACGCUUGUCCCAGAUCUUUCGCGGACGAAAAACGCUCCCAAUGGUGAUGUGUUGAGGGCCAAGAGUCAGAAAACAAAGUCUUCUGAUAUCGGCACAUCAUGUAUAGAUUCGACCCCCGUGAUUGGCCGUCAGAGCUUGCGAAGCAAAUACCCAAAUUCAGUCGCUGAUAAGCGUCCAUCUACUACUCAAGGCUCUGUGGCUCCUUCCUUUAGCGAAACUCCUACCUCCAGCUUACGGUAUCAAACAGAUGACAAGCCCAGCAGCCAUGAAAAACCAGCCAAACUGCAAUUACUGAUGAAGCUCAAGUACGGCAGAGCGAAUAGAAAGCGUGUUGAAGCUCUCCUCAAAUUUUCAGGGAAAAGGAAAAUGGCGCCUCCAGGCUCACCUGCGAAGAAUAUAGCCGAUUCUGAUUCCACCCUGAUCAAGAAGCCUAACGAAAUUAUUACAAAGGCCACGGCAUCAGACAACUUAAACCCUAGAAUAUACCGGUCUGAGGGGAAAGCAAAGCAUGUUCCGAGCAGCCAAGCACCUAGGAAUGCGGGCUCUGAUAAACCUCAAACCCCAGUGUCUUCCACCCCUACCGCUGUAACACACAACCAGGAGAAAACAAAACAGACAUCGGUUACGCCUGUUAAAGAUCUUAAAGACUUGACUUGUCGUUCGGAGAAUAUUGGAAACAAUGGUAGAACGUUCUCUCAGCCAACAAUCAGAUAUCCACCAGGCGAUUCGGCCACUGGUGUAAAACAAUCACUGUCACAGGUAAACCCUCAGUCAAGCGCGUCACGCAAUGGUGAGCGCCGAGCUUGGAAGGAUGAAUAUCAGAAGUACGGGAAUUUAGGGCGAGAACUAAAACAUGCCGCUGAAAGACAUACCGCCAGAGAUUUCGUGGCUGAUGUUGACGAGAAGCUUGCCGCUGCUACUGCUAUUGAAGCUAUUCUCUGUUUUAUUCUAGCCUUUGUUGCUGACGACCAAUCCAAAACUUUGUCUCGUCAGGUUAGCGACUCAUCAUCUUGGCUAUCUAUACUCGCUUAUUGGCGUGUGGUCAAAAAGAAUAGCGCCCCUUUCCCACAGCUUCAUAGCCUUUGUUUGAUUCUUGGCGCUACAUCCUAUGAUGCUAUUCAUGCUCUUGAUCUGGAGCGGUUUGCGGUCACUCCUUUGCCGGGGGGAAAUACCUCUGUGCCGACACCCGGUAGUGAUGGAAAUACUGCGGUAUCUGAUGAAAGCAAAAGAAAUCGAAGGGAGAUCCUAGAGCUAAAGAAUCGACUGCCUGAAUCCUACAAGGAAUCCCAGAGGCUAUGGCUUGAAGGCUCACAAGGACUUUCAGAAGACAUUCUUGUUCAUGAAUUUCCCGACACUUGGUCCAGGCGGUCUAGAAACUUUUCAGAACAAGGGAAGCAACGGCUCAAACCUGGUGACUAUUCUGGUGAGUUUUUCCUACCUUUAGGAAGAAUGACCACACCAGUAGAGAUUGUCCGAUUUGGUUACUCAAUACUAAGAGAGUGGUGCAAAAAGGAAGGUGUGGAAUGGAACGGCCGGCUUUGUUUAUAG